AUGUCGCCCACUCUCGGCAUCCAUCAGAAGGAAUCUAUGCAGCCAGCUCCCGCAUCGGCCACAGCGGGUAUUCGUCACGUUCCGAGUCCUCCUUCCGGCACGCCUAGCGAAGGCAUCGACUCGAAUGAUCCGGCUCAGUUGGCAGUUGGUGCCAGGGAUGAGGCGCAUGGCGAUGCCAAGGCUCAGGGCUGGCUGACCAGCGAAGCUAUCAGGUUCGCACCUCUACAUGUCCCCAGACAUCGUCGGAUGCAGACCCUAGCUGUGCUAUUGUGGGGUCUCAUCCUGCCGGUGUGUCUCAGCUUCUUCUUCUUCUGCUUAUCGAUACCACCCCUCUGGCCUCUGAUGUUCGUUUACAUCAUUUGGAUGUUCUUUGACAAGGCGCCGGAAAGUGGAGGUCGUAGAUCGGAGUGGUUCAGGCGCCUGUCGGUCUGGAGGAGGUUUGCGGAAUACUAUCCCGUCAGCCUGAUCAAGCAAGUCGGACCUACGUCUUUGGCCGCUUUUACUGACGAAUUGGCUUGCUUGCUCUUCUUGCGCGUGUACAAUCAUGCGACAGACCAUCCUCAUGGAGUGAUCGGGAUGGGAGCAGUAGCCAACUUUGCGACAGCUGCGACAGAGUUUCCGUCCAGCUUCCCAGGUAUCGUUCCACACCUCUUGACCCUGGGCACGAAUUUCAACGUGCCUUUCCAUCGGGAUGUGCUGCUCGCGCUGGGCAUCUGCUCUGUCAGCAAAAAGAGCUGCGAGAACAUCCUGAAAAAGGGACCUGGAAAUGCCUGCACUAUCGUGGUGGGCGGUGCUGCUGAAAGUCUUGCCGCUCAUCCCGGCACUGCGGACUUGACGCUCAAGCGAAGGCUGGGCUUCAUCAAGAUCGCAGUUCGUCAUGGGGCCGAUCUGGUGCCAGUCUUCUCUUUUGGAGAGAAUGACAUCUUCAUGCAGCUGGCCAACGCGCCAGGCACAAAGCUCUACACUUUCCAAAAGCAUUUCCAGAAGUUGUUCGGAUUCACGUUGCCUGUCUUUCACGGUAGGGGAGUGUUCAACUACAGCUUUGGGCUUUUGCCUUAUAGGCAUCCCAUCGUCAGCGUGGUGGGCCGACCGAUAUCAGUGAAACGCAACCCCAACCCAUCAAAGGCGGAGUUGGAAGAGUACCAGAAGAGGUACAUUGCGGAGCUGCAGCAUAUUUGGGACACGUGGAAAGACGCGUACGCAGCCAACCGCUCUCGCGAGCUCACCAUUGUCGAUUGA